AUGGCAGCUCUCGCCAGCUCUCUCAUUAGACAGAAACGGGCUGUCAAGGAGGACCCAACCACCCGACCGGUAGUCAACAAGCGGAAGCCCUGUCCUAAGAGCAACAAGUCCCUGUGCCAGAAGCAGAUCCUGGUCUUGAUAUCCAAAGUACGACUAUGUGGGGGUCGAAAGAGUCGAAACGAGAAAAGACCAGAGCCAAAGCUGAAAGGCAUUGUUACUCGGCUAUACAGCCAACAUGGAUACUACCUGCAGAUGCAACCUGACGGGACCAUGGACAGCACGAGGGAUGAAAGCAGCGCGUUUUCACAGUUCAACUUAAUUCCGGUGGGACUGCGGAUUGUGGCAAUCCAGGGGGCAAAGACGGGAUUAUACCUGGCCAUGAAUAGUGAAGGAUACGUCUAUACCUCGGAGCACUUCACUCCUGAGUGCAAGUUCAAGGAGAGUGUGUUCGAGAACUACUACGUCACAUACUCCUCCAUGCUCUAUCGCCAAACCCAGUCUGGCCGCUCCUGGUAUAUCGGUAUCAACCGCGACGGACAGGUCAUGAAGGGCAACCGGGUGAAGAAGAACAAAGGAGCUGCGCACUUCCUGCCAAAAGUUAUAGAGGUUGCGAUGUAUAAGGAGCCAUCGCUACACCAGCUCGCCCCUGAACCGGUGAGUCCUCCGCGGAAGACAGUGAAGACGUCAGAUUUGCCGUCCCUGAAGAAUGGACGGAAAGAAGCUCCCAAGGCUGAUGCUUCAUAG